AUGACGCAGCAGCCGACACGGCGACGUAUCACGCUGCCGGGGGCUUCGCCCGAGGAGGAGGAGCGCCGACCGCUGCUCAGCCGCAUGUACACCGACCACGGCGACGACGAUGCCCUCUACAGCUGCGCGACCAACCCGCACAGCCACCUGCCCGUGUACACGACCAUCCACCGCAUCCGCCGCGACAUCACCAGCGUCGUCGAAGAUUACCUGAGCCUCGAGCAGCUGCGUGACGUGCGCAUCAACAUCACCGUCGUGCGGCCCCUCGUCGACAAGUUUUACGAGCUCGACGAUCUCUCCAUUGUGUACUGCCUCCUGGUCAACCGUGCGCAGUUCCUCGACGAAGAGUCGUACUCGAGCAACCGCCAAAACGUCAACUGGACGCGCGCCACGCUCUGCGAGAUCAUCGCCACGCGCAUCCUGCGCCGCCUCGGCGAGGAUCACGACGGCCGCGACGGGCUGCUGCUGCUGGCCGCCGAGCGGCGCAGCUGGGGCGGCCACGGCCACCGCGCGCUGCCCGCGCUCGAGGUGGCCAUCCUGACGGAGAGCAAGCACUUCCUCAGCUCCACGACGGCGCAAAAGGUGGUCGCGGCCAUCUACGAGGGCCGCGUCAUCUACACGCCCUCGACCCAGUGGGACAUCAUCCCGGACCGCUACAAGCGGCGGCCCAUCUCGCUCUACGACCCGCGUGGCUCGCCCCUGCUCAACCAGUACCGGCUAAUCGUCCCGCGCACGCGCGCCGUCCUCGAGGCCUUCCAGUUCGCCGUCCUGCUCGCGCUCUACUCGGCGCUCAUGGUGGUGCGCGAGCGCGACGCCCUGGCGGCGACCGAGUGCCUGUUCGCAGUGUACGCCUUUGGCUGGGGCCUCGACCAGUUCGCGACGCUCAUCGCACACGGCUGGAACGUCUACACGCAGAACCUGUGGUCCUUCCUCGACGUCGGCUUCGUCUUGGUGUACGCCGUGUACCUGAUUCUGCGCUUGCACAGCUUCCGCACCGGCCUGCCGGGCCCCGGCGAGCAGUCGUUCGACGUGCUCGCGCUCGCGGCCCCGCUGCUUGUGCCCCGCCUGGCCUUCACCCUGCUCUCGGACAACCUCGUCUUCCUGUCGCUGCGCUCCAUGAUGGCCGACUUCUUCCUGCUCACCGCGCUCUCGGCCUGGUGCUUCUUCGGCUUCCUGCUGUCGCUGCUGUGGCUCGGCGAGGGCGCGCACCCCUGGCUGACCAUCUCCAAGUGGAUGAUCUUCAUCUGGUUCGGCCUCGACGGCACCGGCAUCCAGCGGUCGGCCGAGUUUCACUGGUUGCUGGGGCCGAGCCUUAUGGUGGCUUUCGCCUUUCUCGGCAACACGCUGUUCCUCACGAUCCUCGUCUCCAUGCUGUCCAACACGUUCAGCACCAUCUCGGCCAACGCGACCGCCGAGAUCCAGUUCCGGCGGGCCGUCCUCACGCUCGAGGGCGUCAAGGCGGACGCCAUCUUCGCGUACCAGCCGCCGUUCAACAUCUUGGCCGUCUUCAUCUUCCUACCACUCAAGUUCGUCGUGAGCCCACGCUGGUUUCACAAGAUCCACGUCGCCACCGUGCGGCUCGUCAACCUUCCGCUCCUGCUCAUCAUCGCCGCCGCCGAGCGCCGCAUCAGCUGGGACCACCACGACUACAAGUACAACCCGUCCAGCAGCAGCAGCGGCGGCGGCGGCAGCGGCGGCGGCGAGACUAUCGGGCACAAGUGGUUCUGGCAAAAGUGGCAGCUGUCCGCGGGCCGCUACCUCCGGUCCGUGUUCGACGAGCCGCCACCGGAGGACGUGCAGGGCGACAUCGCCGUCGACGACCCGAUGACGCACCACCUCAUCCGCCGGCAGUUCACGCGCCAGCACACGGCGAGCAGCGGCGCGGAGAUCCGGAAGCCGUCGCGUAGGGACUCGACGUUUCCCGGGAUCCGCAAGAAGCUGCGCGGCUCAUUCUCGGUGGCCGAGCAGGAGCAGGAGGGCCUUGAGGACCGCCUGCGGGCCAUGGAGAAGGGCAUGGCGCGCAUGGAGGCCAUGCUGGCCCAGCUGGUGCCGGACACGCAGGUCGAGGAGAGGGAGGGGGCUGGUGGUGGGAAUGAGGAUGAGGCGCGGGGCGAGUCGGCGAUUGAUGCUACGUCAGAGGACAGCUACGGGGCUGUGAGCGCCUCUGACAAGGAUGAAGAUGGAGAUGGCUUUGCCAUGGAGAGCUCAUUUAGACGAUGA